GCUCUUACUCCAGUCGAGACUCUUCUUCCUCAGCAGAAAAAUCUCAGCUCAAAAAGAGAGAAGCACGAAGAAGAAGAGGGGGCAAGAAAAGUGCCCGUUGGAACACAAUCAGCAGCUUUUUCGUGCAGCUUUUGCGGUUUUUUUUUUAUGCCAAGAAAGCAAUGCCGCCAAAGCUCACAUUCUGAGGAAGACUGAGAACCCAGAGAGAGUGUGUAGCGAGAAUGCAGUGCAUUGGAUUUGGAGCUCAAAAUGUUGCAGCAAUGGUCGUUUCUGGAUGUCCUAAUGUUAAAGGGUCAUCAAGGAGAAAGAGGGUGGUGCUGAGGGAUAAUCAUCAUCAUCAUGUGUGGAGUAGAUACAGUAGCAGUAGAACAGUGGUCGUACAAGUGAGGUGUGGCAGCAGACGUACAACAGCUAGCGAGAGUUGUGUGGUUGAUAAAGAAGAAAAGUUUGCUGAUCAAGAAGAUUACAUCAAGGCUGGUGGGUCUGAGCUCCUCUACGUUCAAAUGCAACAGAGCAAGCAAAUGGAUCAACAGUCUAAAUUUUCGGAUAAGAUGCCGGAAAUAUCAGCCGGUAAUAGCAUACUGGACUUGGUGGUGAUCGGCUGUGGUCCUGCUGGACUUGCCCUUGCCGCAGAGUCAGCUAAGCUAGGUCUGACGGUUGGGCUAAUUGGGCCAGAUGUUCCUUUCACAAAUAAUUAUGGUGUGUGGGAGGAUGAAUUUAAAGAUCUUGGGCUUGCUGGAUGCAUUGAGCAUGUUUGGAGGGACACAGUCGUAUAUCUCGAUGAUAAUGAUCCCAUCUUCAUCGGUCGUGCUUAUGGACGAGUUAGUCGCCAUUUGCUCCAUGAGGAGCUGCUAAGAAGGUGUGUCGAGUCAGGUGUGUCAUAUCUUAGAUCAAAGGUGGAAAGGAUUGUCGAAGCUGCUACCGGUCACAGUCUUGUAGAGUGUGAAGGCAACAUUGUGAUUCCCUGCAGGCUUGCUACUGUUGCAUCUGGAGCAGCCUCUGGAAAACUCUUGCAGUAUGAACUGGGAGGUCCUAGAGUUUCUGUUCAAACAGCUUAUGGUGUGGAGGUUGAGGUGGAAAAUAAUCCAUAUGACCCCAAUCUGAUGGUCUUCAUGGAUUAUAGAGACUACAUGAGGGGCAAAGUUGAAUCUCUAGAAGCGGAAUUUCCCACAUUUCUUUAUGCUAUGCCCAUGUCCCCAACAAGAGUUUUCUUUGAGGAAACCUGUUUGGCUUCAAAAGAUGCCAUGCCAUUUGAACUAUUAAAGAAAAAACUGAUGUCAAGACUGGAUACUCUGGGAGUUCGAAUUAUCAAAACUUAUGAAGAGGAAUGGUCUUAUAUACCAGUCGGUGGAUCUUUGCCAAAUACAGAGCAAAAAAAUCUUGCAUUUGGUGCUGCUGCCAGCAUGGUACAUCCUGCCACAGGCUACUCAGUUGUUAGAUCAUUGUCAGAGGCCCCAAAGUAUGCUUCUGCAAUAGCAAAUAUCUUGAAACAAGGUCAAGCUAAGGACAUGAUGACCCGAAACAUAUCCGCUCAAGCUUGGAACACCCUUUGGCCGCAAGAGAGGAAACGACAGAGAGCAUUCUUCCUUUUUGGAUUGGCACUUAUUUUGCAGCUGGAUAUUGAGGGGAUAAGGACGUUUUUCCAGACUUUCUUCCGUUUGCCAAACUGGAUGUCACAGGGAUUUCUUGGUUCUAGUCUUUCCUCAACAGACCUCCUGUUAUUUGCCUUUUAUAUGUUCGUAAUAGCACCAAAUGACUUAAGAAAGUGCCUUAUACAGCAUCUUUUGUCUGAUCCAACCGGUGCAACCAUGGUAAGAACAUAUCUCGCUAUAUAGAUCGUAGAGCCUGCUGUACGAAAGCCUUCCCCAACCAUUCGAGAAAAUCCCAUGUAAAUAAGUUUUUACACUUGCUAGAGCUCAUUUCUCAUGGUGCAAGUCCAUGUAGCAUAUUUUUCAUCCUACUGAAUUAUGCCAAGAUCUUCCAAGCAUGUUCUUCUUAUACUUUC